CAAAAUCACUUUUGAUGCUCCCACCUGAGAUAGAAGAAAGGAGGGGGAAAUCAUCUCAAAGUUGAGCCAUGGCAGCUGAUCUGGAUGUGGUGAACCUGUGUAUUAUUGCUGGAGGAACACUGGCUAUUCCCAUCCUGGCCUUUCUGGCUUCCUUUCUUCUCUGGCCCUCUGCAUUAAUUAAAGUGUAUUACUGGUACUGGAGGAGGACUCUGGGCCUGCAGGUGGGCUAUGCGGAUUGUGGUGGUUAUCGCUUUUGUUACUCCUACAGAGGAAAGCCUGGAAUGAGACCUUCGAUCUUAAUGCUGCAUGGCUUCUCUGCUCACAAAGACACAUGGCUCACUGUUGUCAAGUAUCUGCCAAAACAUCUGCACAUUAUGUGUGUGGACAUGCCUGGCCAUGAGGGGACAACACGCACCAACAUAGAUGAUUAUUCCAUUCAGGGGCAGGUCAAAAGAAUCCAUCAGUUUGUGGAAACCAUCCGCUUAAACAGGAAACAGUUCCAUCUGGUUGGAACCGGCAUGGGGGGAAAUGUAGCCGGGGUUUACGCAGCCUGCUAUCCCUCAGAAAUCUGUAGCAUGACUCUCAUCUGUCCAGAUGGAAUAAGACAUCCAUGUGAGACCAAGUUUGACAAUCAUGUGCAGGACCUGGAACACAGCAAUUACACCCUGAACAUCCCGCUGAUCCCCACUACACCCGAGGAGAUGGAGGAUAUGUUCAAACUGUGCUCCCAUGUUCGCUUUAAAAUUCCUCAGCAGAUCCUUCAAGGCCUGGUAGAUGUCCGAGAGCCUCACAACACAUUUUACCAAGAAGUUUUUAUGGAGAUUGUAGGUGAGAAAUCAAGAUACGCCUUACAGGACCACUUGCAUCUAAUAACCACACCUUUACAAGUGAUAUGGGGCAAACAAGACCAGGUGGUGGAUGUCUCUGGAGCGGCAGUGAUUGCAGAGACCUUGUCUGAAUGCAGAGUGGAUCUGCUGGAGAACUGCGGACACUCUGUGGUGAUGGAGAGGCCUUCUCGGACAGCCAGACUCAUUCUGGAGUUCAUCAUCUUGCAGCAAAAUGCCAGAAGUGGCACAAAGAAAGCCACCUGACCUAAAGACUUUUCAUCGUUUCAUGUUAUUCUAAUGCUCCAAGUGCUCCUGCUUUUGUAUAGAAGAUGCAGACACCUCACAAAAAUGUA